AUAGCACGGCACGGAAGGAGCGGGAGGUGAUGCUGCGGCUGAAGGAGGUGGUGGACAAGCAGAGGGACGAGCUUCGUGCCCAGGCCCAUGAGAUCGUCUGCAAGAGCCGAGACACGGAGGCGCUGCAGGAGCAACUGCAUCGCUUCAUGGCCAUGAACGAGGACCUGCGUCACAAGGUGGCCGUGGUGCAGGCUCAGCUCAAGAGCACGCUGGAGAAGAAGUCGGACCUGGAGGCCGCGAUGCUGCAAACCCAGAGGGAAAUGAGCAGGAGGAGCAGGACCGCCUGUGAGACCCAGCGGCCAAAGCCCAGCCUGGUGAGUCAGACCUUUGGGUGGGCACACCGGGGUCUCUGCUUGCCUGCUGACUCUCUCUCUCUGUCCCCCCAGGAAGAAGCGCCAUCGCCCACAGCGGAGCCGCAGCACCAGGAUGUGGGCAGGAGCCCUGCUCACUGCUGCUUCUCCAAGGAAAUGCUGCAGGAGAUCCUGCAAGAGCGGAACGAGCUCAAGACCAACCUGUUCUUGGUGCAGGAGGAGCUGGCCUAUUACCAGCGGGAGCUGCUGAACGAAGAGAGAGUUCCCAGCCUUUUCUUGGAUGCGAUGAAGUCAACGAUCAAAAGACAGAGAAAAAAAAUCAGAGCCAAAAUGCUGGGAACGACGGAGGAGUCAGCGAGCAGCGAUGAAGACGAGGGCUCCUGGCUCCCAGCUCGUGGCACAGACUGCGUGGAUGCUCAGCCGCCCGAAUCCAAAAUUAGGAGCUUUUUUGGGCUGUGGUAUCAGGGCAGCAGCAAAGAUCCCCCCACAUCCAGCUGCUCCGGAGCCUGGGAAAUCAUCGACUCGCUGGACACACGCAAAGGGCUGGGGCUGGCUACCCUGCACCGGACCCCGGAGCCCCCUUCAGGGGUCACCUACGACGGGGAGCAGGGCUACAGGGGCUGCGGCGCUGGGGUGGCAGCGAGGGCCAAAAAUAGCCCGUGCGGUGGCAUUCCCUGCCUCCCCCUCCCCGCCAUGCCCCUGACGUCGUGA